CCCAUUCCCUGCGCUCCGCUCUCCCCUUGGCGGCGGAGUGCGGCCGUGCGGACACUGUGGGUGUCUCGGCCAUGUGGGUGGCGGCGCUGGCGGCGCUGCUGGCGGCGGCCGGGGCGCAGUACGAGCGCUACAGCUUCCGCAGCUUCCCGCGGGACGAGCUGAUGCCGCUGGAGUCGGCCUACCGCUACGGGCUGGACCAGUACAGCACCGAGAACUGGCCCGAGAGCGUCAGCUACCUGGAGGUCAGCAUGCGGCUGUACCGCCUGCUGCGCGACAGCGAGGCGUUCUGCCACCGCAACUGCAGCGCGGCGGGGCGGCCGCCGCCCGCCUCCCCCGCACCCUCGGCCGCCGGGGCGGCGCUGGCGGAGCUGCGGCUCCUGGCCGGGGUGCUGCGGAGGGCGCAGUGCCUGCGGCGCUGCAAGCAGGGGCUGCCCGCCUUCCGACAGGCGCAGCCCGGCCGCGACCUGCUGGAGGACUUCCAGCGCCGGGAACCCUACAAGUACCUGCAGUUCGCCUACUUCAAGGCUAAUAAUCUUCCAAAAGCUAUUGCAGCAGCUCACACAUUUCUUCUGAAGCAUCCAGAUGAUGAAAUGAUGCAAAGAAAUAUGGCCUACUAUAAGAGCAUACCUGAUGCUGAGGAGCAUAUUAAAGACUUGGAGAUAAAGCCUUAUGAGAAUCUCUUUGUCAGGGCUGUGAGAGCGUACAACGGUGACAAUUGGAGGACAUCCAUCUCGGAUAUGGAACUGGCUCUUCCUGAUUUCUUCAAAGCCUAUGAUGACUGUAUUGCAGCCUGUGAAGGCUCCCGAGAGAUCACAGAUUUUAAGGACUUCUAUCUUUCCAUUGCAGAUCAUUAUAUUGAAGUCCUUGCAUGCAAAGUGCAGUGUGAGAAUAAUCUGACGCCCAUUAUAGGAGGCUUUGUUGUUGAAAAGUUUGUGGCCACCAUGUACCAUUACUUGCAGUUUGCAUAUUAUAAAUUGAAUGACAUGAAGAAUGCAGCUUCUUGUGCUGCUAGUUACCUUCUGUUUGACGAGAAAGAUGAAGUUAUGAAACAGAACAUGGUGUAUUACCAGUACCAUAAAGACAAAUGGGGACUUAAAGAAGAGGAUUUUCAGCCCAGAUCGGAGGCAGUUCGAUACCACAACAUAACCACACUUCAGCUGGAAAUGUAUGAGUUCGCGAAGGAACAUCUGAUGGAUGAUGAUGAGGGUGAAGUUGUGGAAUUCCUUGAUGAGCUGUUAGAAGUGGAUGAAAAGAAGGAAUCCUGAUGAAUGAAAUCACCACAAAGUGCUUUACAGAAGUGAAGACUCACCAUUGCUCCUUACUAUUUUUGGUCACUUGUAGUCCCACUUAGAUAUACCUCAAAGGUGCUUCUUCAAGCUCCAUUUUGUGUCCCAAAAUCCACUCCUGAAAGGUCACUUUCCAUGCUGCAUUGACUCAUCUGUGAGCAUGGCAUUUCACUGUGCAGAAUUGGUGCAUAUGAGUUUGCCUCUCGAACUUUCUUUCCUUUCACACAAUCAACAAAAACAGACUAUUUGUAUUUUCUGGGAUAACACUAAGGUUCCUCAUUUCGGUGCUGUUCUACCACGUUGUGGCAAUACAGCUAAAUUCUGAAGAACUUUUGUAAGAUUAUUAACCAUGGAAGACAUAACGUUUCCUCUUUCUGAGCUAUGUGUUCUAUUAUUUAUAUAUGUCUUUUUAUAUGAUGAUGAAUAAAGUGUUAAUGAAUCCCACCGCACCUGAAAGAUGUUAAGAUACAUUUAGAUAGCUGAAAUAAGGUGAUUAACAAAGCACAGCUAGUGGUCUUGUAAAAAUUGCUUAAAGAAUUCCGAGAGCAGUUUUGAUCUUUUUUAAAAACUGAAUUAAAUUCCAUGACAUGCAAUUAAGAAUAAAAUAAUUUCUUCUUCCUACCA